CUGGUCAUCGGGCAGCUUUUCUUCAGCCUCGGGCAUCAGAGCCUGGGUCACGGCCGCCUCGCUGAGCGCCCUUUCCUGUCCUCAGAGCCGCUGGAAAACAUGGACUGGGCGGCUCCGGCUGCCAAACUGAACCCCUACAGCCGGGCUCGGAUGACAGAGGCCUGGCAGCAGCAUGCAGUGGCCCCGCCCCCCGUGGUCCACACCAUCCCGACGGGGGGCGAGAACGCGCUGGGCUGCGCGGUGUACGGCAUCGUGCUGCAGCCGGACGCGGCGCCCCUCCAGCAGCAGCAGCAGCACCCGGCUCAGGCCCAGCAGGCCUCCCUGCAGGUCAGCGCCGAGGGGGGGCACAAGUGCGGCGCCUGCGGACACGACAUCUCCCACCUGGCCAACCCGCUGGAGCACCAGUGCAUGGUGGCCCAGGAGAGGUCGUUCCAGUGCACGCAGUGCAUGAAGAUCUUCCACCAGGCCACGGACCUGCUGGAGCACCAGUGCGUGCAGGUGGAGCAGAAGCCCUUCGUCUGCGGCGUCUGCAAGAUGGGCUUCUCCCUGCUCACCUCGCUGGCCCAGCACCACAGCUCGCACAACAGCUCCAACCCCAUGAAGUGCUCCAUCUGCGAGAAGACCUACCGGCCCGGCUCCUCGGGCAACACCACGCCCACCUCCUCCAGCAGCUCGCAGCAGCCCGGCGGCGCCGACGGCGUGCAGACCGGCGGCGGCGGCUCCAUCCUGCCCUUCCCGUCGGCCCGCGACCGGCCCUACAAGUGCUCGGUCUGCCAGAAGGGCUUCAAGCACCUGUCGGAGCUGACGCGGCACGAGCGCGUGCACACGGGCGAGAAGCCCUUCAAGUGCGACAUCUGCGAGAAGGCCUUCAGCCAGUCGUCCCACCUGCAGCACCACCAGCGCACGCACAGCAACGAGCGGCCCUUCAAGUGCGCCGUGUGCGAGAAGAGCUUCAAGCACCGCUCCCACCUGGUGCGCCACAUGUACAUGCACUCGGGCGAGCACCUGUUCAAGUGCAACCUGUGCGAGCUGCACUUCAAGGAGUCCUCGGAGCUGCUGCACCACCCCUGCCACCCGCAGGGCUCCCGGCCCUUCCGCUGCGCCACCUGCGGGAAGGGCUUCAAGCGGCCGUCCGACCUGCGGCAGCACGAGCGCACGCACUCGGAGGAGCGGCCCUUCCACUGCGACGAGUGCCAGAUGAGCUUCAAGCAGCAGUACGCGCUGGCGCGCCACCGCCGCAUGCACAAGGACCCGGCCGACCGGCCCUUCAAGUGCAACCUGUGCGACAAGGGCUUCAUGCAGCCGUCCCACCUGCUGUACCACCAGCACGUGCACGGCAUGGACAACCUGUUCAAGUGCGCCUCCUGCCAGAAGGAGUUCAGCCAGUCGGGCGAGCUGCUGCGCCACAAGUGCGGCGAGUCGGCAGGCGCCUCGCCCGACAAGCCCUACAAGUGCGACGUGUGCGGGAAGGGCUACAAGAAGAGCUCCACGCUGCAGCGCCACCAGAACGCGCACUGCCAGGAGAAGCCGCUGCGCUGCUCGCUGUGCGACCGCCGCUUCCUGUCCUCCUCCGAGUUCGUGCAGCACCGCUGCGACCCCACGCGCGAGAAGCCGCUCAAGUGCCCCGACUGCGAGAAGCGCUUCAAGUACUCCUCGGACCUGAACCGCCACCUGCGCGUGCACACGGGCGAGAAGCCCUUCAAGUGCGAGCACUGCAGCAAAGGCUUCAAGCAGCGCGAGCACCUGACCAAGCACCAGAGCACGCACUCCCGCGAGGGCCAGUUCAAGUGCGUGUGGUGCGGCGAGCGCUUCAGCGACCUGGGCUCGCUGCAGGACCACACCGUGCAGCACACCGCCGACGGCGCCGGCUACAGCGUGCCGCAGUGCCUAUGA